UUACAGCCUACGUCGUACGCGGCGGAGAGAACAAAAGAGCGGUGUGCUUCACAGCCGAUCGCGGAUCGCCGGUCGACACUUGUAGUCCGCUGUUGUACCGCGACCGUGCACGAUCGUUACCGAGCGACUUGGGGUUUCUUUUUCCGUUGUGCAUUUUUACAUUAGAUACUACUCGAAUAACGGUUGCAAAACUCUCAUAGCCGGUCCGAAUCGGUAUUUUUAAUGUUCGACGGACACCAGCAGUCCGCCGUCAGAGGAUUAUCGACAAUUAUUGCCCGGUCACGUCUUCGUCGGGACAAAGGAUUUUUCCGGAUUCGACUCGGACAAGGAGUGUGACCAGUUGUUAAUUGGCUAAACGAAGAAGAAACGCAACAACAGCACCGACCAUGCCUUCGCUGUUGGAAGCGAUCGCCGAGAAAUACGGUUCGUCCGAGGACGACACUUUCGACCAGAUGCCCAUAGCCAUUUACGUGCCCCGGAAAAACCCCAGGAACAUGAUACCGAAUCUGUUGGUGCUCAACGACUGCGACAUCGAUUCGGCAGGACACGAAUCUGACCUGAGGGACAAGUGCCGCGGCGUUGAGGAAUUGGAUUUGGCGCAGAACCGCCUGUCGAAAUGGACCGAAGUGUUCAAAAUAUUGCACAUCAUGCCCAGACUCAAGUUCGCCAAUUUGAGUUUCAACAAUCUCAGUUCGGACAUUAACAACGCCGUGGUGACGGAAACCUGCGAAGACAUCAUGCGGGAAACCUAUCCUUGUUUGAAGAGCAUCGUGCUCAACUCGACCAACAUCACUUGGAGCAGCUUCAGACACAUUCUCAAACGGAUACCAAUGGUGGAGGAAAUACACUUAAGCAUGAACAACUACGACGUCAUCGAUUUGGACGACGACCAGCUCGGUCAGUCCAUACAGAUGCAGUCUGUGAAGCGGUUGCACUUCACGGGUAACCCGGUGUCCACGUGGUCGGAAGUGUGUAAGCUGGGACGGGCUUUCCCGAACCUGGAAUCGUUGGUGCUCGCCGAAUGCCCUCUGCUGUCGCUCAUGACUCCACCUCCUUCGCCUGACGCUCACCUCGGUCUCUUGUCCUAUCCCAAACAGGGAAACGGGUUCUGUGAUAUGACGUUGGAUUCGCCUCACGACGCGUUCACUCGACUCGGAUUCCUCAACCUAAACCGGACGUUGAUAAGGACGUGGGACGACGUGGAUAUCCUGGGAAGAUUUCCGGCUUUGAGAUAUCUCAGAAUACAGGGAUGUCCGUUGUUCGAAGAGAACGUGGAAAGACAGGAGUACACCGAACACGAACGCAGACAGUUGCUCAUAGCUCGGUUGCCUAGCAUUCAGACGUUGAACGGCGGUGCUGAGAUAACGCCGGAAGAGCGGGAAGACGCCGAACGGUUUUUGAUCCGGUUUUACAUGGAAAAACCCGAAGCAGAACGGCCGGAUAGAUAUAACGAGUUACUUCAAGUGCACGGCAAACUGGACCCGUUGGUCAAUAUAGAUUUGACGCCGGAAAGCAAAGUGCCCGUACUGUUGGUUUGCGGAGAGCAAUGCCAACAACACACGUUGGACGUGUACCAGACCGUGUCGGAGUUCAAACAGAAGCUCGAGAAGAUUUUCCGUAUACCGGCACAUCGCAUGCGUGUGUUCUACGCUGACCAGCAAGUGUGCUCAGUGGUCGGACCCGAAGAGAUGAAGUUCCCCAACAAACGGUUGUACAGUUACAAUAUAAUCAACGGCGAUCAGAUUAUUGUGGAUUCGAAGAAAUGAGAAGAUUUAUAUAUAUAUAAGAUUAUGUGUAAAUACUUACUACAGCGAUCUGUGAUAUGAAGAAAAACAUUAUAUAUUUAUGUAAAACGACCAUCGAUAUAUUAUUUUAUAUUAUAUUUAAUACAGUUUUGUAAUGACGGCCAACUCGAGUUCGUAUUCGAUAAAACCUAGUCAGUAGCGCCUGACGGUCGCUUUCAUAGUAACACAAAAAUUACUCUUUAAAAUGUUACACUAUUUUUCUAGAUCUGGCCGGCGUAAUAAUAACCAUAUUUUAUUGUAAAAAUUCUCAAUUUGUCAAUCAAAAUCGUUUCGACAUAACUAAAUGGUGUAAAAAAGUAUUUGGAGAACUGAAAAAUUGAUUUAGUUUGUUAGUUGGAAAUUAUUAAUUUUAGUAUCGUGAUUGAAAACUACCGUAGUUGUCUAAUACUAACACUAGAUGAUAAUAUAUACGUCAUAUUGUUUAAGAUUUUAUUUUUGUAGAACAAAAGACUCAUUCUUUGAUUAUAAUUAUUUUAUGUUAA